AUGCUCACUAUCCUUUAUCACACGCGUGCAUGUACCCUCAAGCCCCCCAUGGCCGCAUGCCCCCAUGCCUGCCAUGCCAUGUUUCCCCCACACUUCCUAGACCCGAGACAUAGGGACUGGUGGUGGUCCUCGUGUAGACCCGAGACGCAGGGAUUGGUGGUGGCGCUCGUGUACCUGGUGGGAGACUGGGGACUGGUGGUGGCGCUCGUGUACCUGGUGGUGACCAUUCUCUUCCAGCACUUUUACUUCACGCCUGACUGGCUUGGGGGGGAAUUUGGGGGUGGUGCUAGAGGGAAUUCGGGGGUGGUGCUGGGGGUGGUGGUGUUGGGGGAGGUGGUGCUAGGCAAGCGCAUUCUGCCCUCAAUCGCAGCAGUGCCUCUCCUAAUGGCCUAUUCGGCCCACACCACCAUCGUCAUCCCCAAGCCACGUGGUUGCUUCCCUUCUCUUCUCGUCCCUCAUCCCCCUGGCCCAUUCUGCAGGAAGCUCAUUCUCCCCUCAAUCGCAACGCUGCCUCUCCUGAUGAUCUAUUCAGGCCACACCACCAUCGCCAUCCAAAAGCCGUUGCGGCCGCUGCUGGCAGGGCUGGCAAGCAAGGAGGUCGCCGUAUGGGACCUGGGCGUGCAGUACAAGGUCUACAUGGGCAUGCUCAUCGUGUUCUGCUCUAAUUCAAUUAACAUCCUGCGGGAGUGA